AUGGUGCAUCUAGCGACAAGGUUGAAGUGCUUCUUCGGGGAGGAGAUCAGCGUGCUCACGGUGCCGUCGGACAUCAAGUAUCGGCACCUCAAAGCCAAGAUUGAGGAGAUCUUCGGCGAGGGCGUCGCCAUCCACAAGUACGAGGACCACGUGGGCGACCUCAUCACCGUCCACUCCAAGCACGACGUGCGUGAGGCCUUCACCCUCUACGCCAAGGCCAUCCGCAAGCAGAGCAAGCGCGACGCUGUCGAGCCCUACCUCAAGCUGCACCUCGCCCGUGAGCCCAACCCCAGCCCCAACAACACUGGCCCUGGCACCGGCACCGCCACGCCCGGCACCACCCCGCCCAGCGGUGCCACCACGCCCGGCCCAGGCGGCAGCGGUGGCGGCGAAGCCACGAGUGCGCCGGUCCAUCGGCGGCAGUCGUCGAGGGAGAAGGAAAAAGACAGGGAGGCGCGGGAGGAGCGAGGAGGCGGUGGCCUGCUGGGCGCCAAUGGGUACAACCGGCCGAUCUCCAAGUCGAGCCCGGUGCUGCCGUCGCGCAUGGCGCUGUCCAAGUCGCCGCCCAAGUCACCGCCCGAGUCGCCGACGUCGCAGCAGCGGCGGCGGAGCUGGGGCCGGCACGGGCCGCCGCUGCCCAGGAAGGAGCCCGCCAGCAGCAGCGGCGGCAGCUCGGGCGGCGGCAGUCCCGCGGGGAAGAAGCGGUCGAGCGGCAAGGAGCGGGGCCUGGAGAAGAAGGAGAAGCGGCGGAAGAAGCGGAUAUCGUGGAAGGACGCCAAGGGCAAGCUGAUCGAGCAGCGGCGAGGCGACGACGGCGACAACCACAGGGAGGAGAGCGAGGGCGAGGGUGAGGGCGGCGGCGGCGAGCAGGAGGAGGGCGAAGAGUAUGCGGGAGGAGCUGCGCUCAGGCGCGAGCUGAGCGGGAGCGGCGGCAGCAACAGCAGCAGCGGCGGGCGCGGUCGGUCGUUCAUUCGGCGGCUCACGCCCACCAACAAGAAGAAGAUCGAGCGGACCAAGUCGGCGGACGACAAGGACGAAGUGGCCCGAAGCGAGGUGGGCGACGACAUACGGAAAAGAGACAGAGACGCCGGCGCCGGCGGAUCGGAGACCGAGACCGAGACCACGACGGAUGACGAUGACGUUGAGCGACUCGUCUCGCCGCAGACCACCAGCGGCGAGACGGAGAGCCACGACGACGACGACGAUGUUAGGUCUGUCGACGGGGCGAACGGGGAGGGAGAAAAGUUCGAAGGAGGGGAGGGGAGCCUCGAUGGCGUAUAUGCAGCGCUGGCCGAGGAGGCGUCCACGGAGAGCGGUUCGGAGUCGUCGACGGAGCAGAGCGAAACGGAACACGGCGGCGAGGGAGAGGAAGAGGAAGGGGAGGCGUUUGACGACGACGACGACAGCGAGGGCGAGGGCGAGGGCGAUCGCCGGCCGAGACGGAAGCAGCAGCCCACCGUGUACUCGCCGCUCGUGCAGCACCUGCCCUCGGGUUCGCCGCCUGUGGUGCCCGCACACGAGCCGCUCUCAGCCACCAAGCGCAUGAAGCUCACCAUCCAGACCGACAUGGAGGAGCUCAACUGGGACGUACCCGCCAAGGCCCUCGGCUCUUCCAGGGGUCGGUCGAACUCGGACUCGUCGGUCAUCAAUCCGCCGCCGGCCACGCACACGCCGCCGGGGAUGAGCCCGCGCAGCUCCUUCUCCGAGUUCUCGACGCAGCCGCUGCUGACGUCGGCCGAGUACGCGGACUACAUCAACGCCGUGCCCAUCCACAUGCGGCCGUCGCAGCCGCCGGCCCUGUCGUCGCCCGACAGCCACCUGCCGUCGUUCCCCGGCUCGCCCAACCCCAAUGUGCCCCUCGUCACCCCAUCGGGCAUCGGCCUGCCGCCGAUCCUCUUCCCGCCCGACCUGGCCUCGCCCACCAGCCACCUGCCCAGCGUCGACCUGGGGUCCGGCCACCUCACCUUCACCGGCACCUUGCCCAUCGCCAUCAGCGCCCCGCCCGCGGUGGGAGGGGUGGUGGAGAGCCCGGCGACGCUGACGCGGUCGGUCUCGCCCCCGCCGCCGAUCGUGCUCCCGGCCAUCGUUUCGUCGAGCGCGGCUACCGAUCCGCCGCCUCUGUCUUCGCCCACGAGCCACCUCCCCUCGUCCGUCUUCAGCGACGAGUACUUCCCGUCGCUCGAUGAGCCGCUGGUGGACGAGCUCACGGCCAGCGUGAUCGAGGGCCUCGUGCCGUUUCGCACCCCGCCAAAGAGUUCGAUCCUUCGCGACGUGAACGACCCCCUGGAGGAGAUCCUCGACGGCGAGCAGCCGCUCGGUGGCGGCGGCGGCACCAUCAUCAUCGGACAACAACCAGGAGAGCAACCCCAUGCGAGCGAGGCUGUCCAGGACAUGGUCGGCGACGCGGCGGCGGCUUUAUUGGCCAAGUCCACGAAGAGCGACCGGGCCAAGCGAAAGGGCAAGAAGAAGCGGAAGCUCGGGGGCAAGGCGAAGAAGACCUCGUCGAGCGGCAAGAUCACGCUCGCGGGCUACUGCGAGGACUGGUCCAAGGUCAACUGGCAGCCCGGAAUCAAGCUGGGCUCCGGCGCCUUCGGCGUCGUGUACGUCGGACUGCGCGAGGACGGCGCCAUGUUCGCCGUCAAGCAGAUCGUGCUCCGUCCGGACGACGAUGCUUCGGCAGCGACAAGCAAGGAGAUCGAGGUGAUGAAGGGCAUCCACCACGACAACAUCGUCCAGUACCUGGGCACCCUCGUCAAGGACAAUAUUCUCAACAUUUUCAUGGAGUACGUGCCGGGCGGAUCGCUGAGCAGCCUGGUCUCCUUCUACGGCGCCUUGAAAGAGCCGACCAUCCGGCGCUACACCAAGCAGAUCCUCCACGGACUCGUCUACCUCCACAAGAGCGGAAUCGUACACCGGGAUAUCAAAGGGGCCAAUAUCCUGGUGGACCCGUCGGGCAAGGUGAAGCUAGCGGACUUUGGGUGUUCCAAGAAGUUCUCCAACGCCACGGUGGGCACUGCCAACUACAAGAGCAUCGUGGGCACGCCCUGGUGGAUGGCCCCGGAGGUCUUCCGAAGCACCGGCUACGGCAGGGCUGCCGAUAUUUGGUCCCUCGGCUGCACCAUCAUCGAAAUGGCGACGUGUCAUCCGCCGUGGUCCGAGUGCACCAACAUGGUGGCCACCCUGUUCAAGAUCUCCCACACGGACCAGCUUCCCGACAUUCCCGCUGCUUCAUCCGGGGGGCUCGGACGACCAGACCGACGAAAGCAGAUCCAGUCGCUGGCCUCGCUCAUCACCUCGACGGCGGGCGUCUUCCGGCUGCCCAAGACGCUGGCCCUCCAUAUCUUCUCCUUCCUCCCCGCACGCGACAUCGACUCCCUCGCCCAAGUCUGUAAAUAUUGGAGUCUCUUGGCGAUGGAGUUGUGGGAGCAGAGGUGCAGUCGGUGGCCGUGCAAAGCGAUGAAGAGUGUUAAGGUGAGGAACGGCAACCGGGGCAAGGGUCCCAACUGGCGACGACUGUACAUCGAAGGCGACGAGAGGGAGAGGCGAGUACGGAGCGCGUCGGUCGCUGUGACUACCCUCAAGGGGCAUCACAAGUCGGUUUUUGCGGUGCAGCUGCUGGACAGCCCCAACCGGAUCGCCUCCGGGUCGGAGGACAAGCGCCUCCGAUUUUGGGAGUUCACCAAGGGCAAGUGGCGCCUUGCCCACUCGGCCAAGGCCCACACCGAAGGCAUCUAUAGCCUCAAUUUUGAUUCGCGAAACGACAACAAGCUGCUGAUGUCUGGCUCGGUGGACAAGUCGAUUCGCAUUUGGGACGUAACCAAAUACAAGAAUGUCAGGACCAUCACGGCGGCGCACGAGUGGGGCGUAACGGGCCUCCAGUACGACAGCUCCAACGGCAUUCUCGCAUCGUCGGCGCUCGACGGUACCAUCAAGCUGUGGAACGUGGAGACGGGGAAGAACGUCGCCACUCUCCGCGGCCACACGCGGGGCGUCUACUGCUGCGCGUGUCGGGACAACCUGGUGGUGUCGGGCUCGGUCGACGAGACCGUGCGCCUGUGGGACAAGCGCGACGGCUCGUGCAUCGCCGUGCUCAAGGGCCACUCGGACGACGUCACAUCAGUGCAGCUCGACGCGCAGGCCGACAACGUCGUCUCGGGUUCCGGCGAUGCCACCAUUCGGUGUUGGGAUAUUGGGACGGGCGAGUGCUGGAACACAUGGAGCGAGGAGACGGCCACGGCUGCGCGAUCGCCGCAGGAGGGCAGCAACAAGCACUGGGUGUGGGGUGUCGAUCUCACCGCCAACCACGUAUUUUCCGCCUCUCAGGACAAGACCAUCAAGAUCUGGGACUUCACGACCGGCGCUUGUCUGCGUACGCUGGCGGGCGAGGAGGGUCACCAGGGCUCGGUGCAGGCGCUGGUCGCCGGCAGAGAUCGCCUCGUCUCCGCGGCCAAGGACGCCACCGUCAAGGUCUGGCAGUUCGAGGGCCUCCGGUUCUGA